UCUCUCUCUCUCUCUCAGUGGCCGGUGAAAAGUCUUCCGGUUCCAUGAACAACAUCAACAACUAUUUACCUGUAAAGUGAAUUAACUAUUGGUAGAGAUAAACUUUUCUCCAUACAAACAUAUAAACAAACGAAUCAUCGCCAAACCCGGAAUUGCUAUUGAUCAUCAUCUUCAUCUUCAUCAUCAUCCUCAUCUUCUUGUUCAACUAUUCAAGUGAAUGUAAAGAGUAGUUGAUUUGAUUCAUUUAAUUGCUAAACAAGAACAACACAAAAUAACUGAAUCACCUCUUUCAUUGCGACCUUUUCAUCUCUCAUAAGUAGUUGAGUUUUUUUUUCUCUCUCUCUCUCUCUCCUUUUCUCCCUCACUCUCUCAUUAUCUCCAUCAUCAUCAUCGAAUUGAUAAUCGGUAUCAAAUACAAAUUCAUCAUUUACCUUUAGGAAUCGUUUGUUUAUCUUUGGGUGCCUUUUGUUUUCGCGUGAAAAUGAGUGUCCAUUUAUCGUGUUCAUCAUCAAAUUUGAUGAUUUUCAUGUUAACAUUAUUUUCUGUUGUUAAUUUAAUCGGUGCCAAUUCUAAAUUGAUUCCUGGUAAAUCUCGAGAAACAAUCAAAUUGUCAUCGUCCGUUUCUCCAUCUUCAACAUCGUCAUCUUCCCUUUCGGCCGAUGAACGGGUUCUCUUGAGUCAAUCACACAUGCAAUUCACCUUUGACCUGAUGUCGUCCAUCGUAAUGACCGAAGCUUAUAAUCCCAAUUCAAAGCUAUUACAAUCAAUUGUUUUCUCACCUUUAAGUAUCCAAUCAAUUCUGAUGAUGGUUCAUCUCGGUGUCAAGGGUCGCACUCGAGCCGAAAUCGCUUCCGCCCUUCAUUUGGACAAUUUCCUCACCUCCAACGGGAUUAAUACAGUUAACGGUUCAUUCAUAAGGACUCAUCAAAUUUUCGGGGAAUCAGUUAAUUCACUUCUAGAUGACGAUGAGAUAAUUAAAUACUUUUCUAUGGCUAAUCAAAUUUUCAUCAACAAAGAUCUAAAUGUCAACACUAAUUACAAAAAAGCUUUACAACAUUAUCAUGAUGCGACUUUACAAUCAAUAGAUUUCAAUUCCAAUGGUGUGGUUGAUAAAAUUAAUGAUUGGGUCACCAAAACAACUAAAGGAGCAAUUAAAAAGUUUCUCAGUUCACCAAUAUCUCCAUCAACAGCUCUCGUUGCAUUGAACGCGCUCAGUUUCAGAGGUGAUUGGUUAUAUAAAUUUGACGAACAGGAAACUCAGAAAAAUUCAUUAUUCCAAUUAACUAAUGGACAGAAUGUGAGAGUCUCCAUGAUGGUCGGUAAACUACCGAUCGCAUUUGGGGAAAUUAACGAUGGCAGAUUAAAAGCAUCGAUCAUUGAGCUUCCAUACAAAACUCAACGAUUAGGACUGUUCAUGGUUCUGCCGUUGGAAGAUUCACCGAACGCCCUUUUCAACCUAAUGAGGUCACUUAAUUCAACGAGUUUCACCCAAUUAAUUGCUUCCAUGAAGAAAAGCAAGAAAGGCGAUGAGGUUAAUGUACGAAUUCCCAAGUUCGACAUAUCGUCCAAGCCCGAUUUAACUACGAUUCUCCGUUAUUCUCUUGGUCUAAGAUCAGUUUUCUCGGGAGGCGAAGCCGAUUUCACUUCCAUGUUUGAUAAUUCAUCAUCUUCUUCUUCCUCUCCAUCAUCCACAUCAUCAUUACCGCCAAUAUCGUUGAGUCAGUUCACUCAUCAAGCCGUCAUGUCGAUCGAUGAAAAUGGUUCAAUCGCCGGAGCCGCAAGCGCCACUUUAGUUGAACGGGUUGGACUUUUCAAUGGACCUUAUUUCGAGGCCGAUCGACCUUUCAUUUUUUUCCUUACCGAUAAACAAUCAGGUCUAAUUUUGUUUGCUGGCAUUUUCGCCUCACCAAAUUAAUCAAUCAUUCAUAAUCAUCAUAAUUCAUCGCCUGACAAUUAAAUUAUCGCCAUUCAUAUUCAUGAAAUUCAUUAUCAUCCCAUGAAAAUUAUAUAAUAUCUGAUCUCACCUUUUCUUCAUGGUUUCUCCUUGCUGAUUAAAAGACAAUUUAAUUAAUCGUCUUAAUCCUUGAUCAUAAUUUAUUCACAUUAAAUUAUCACUUAAACGCUUCAUCAUGAUUGUAAUUGAAUGAAGCUGGGAAAUCUAAAUUGUUGUUAAAACUAUUAAUUAUCUAAGAGAAAUAUAUAUUCACGAGAUUAUCAUUUCUAUCAUCACUAAAUCA